CUCUGUCUCUGUCUUUGUCUCUGUCUCUCUCUCUCUUUCAUCCUCUCUCUUUCUCUCACUCUAUCUCUCUUCCAUCUGUCUAUUUAUCUAUUAUACAAACACUUACGCGCAGACAAAUUUACUGUGAGUUCAUGUAAUUUCGAUUUUCUGCACGAAAACGCAAGAAAAAAAAAAUCCUUUCUUCCCCCCAACAGACUUAUGACCCAAAUCGAGACAAAAAGAAAGAAGAAGAAGAAGAAGAAGAGAAAAAAAAGAAAAAAAAAACACUAACUCUUUUUUUUAUAUAUAUACUAAAACAAAAAAAAAUGAUUCACCGAUAAAUAACCAAGUCUUUAAACUUAUGCCCUCCCUCAAAAAAAAAAAAAAAAAAAAAAAAAAAAAAGGUGAAUAAGAGGCAGAUAUAAGUGUUUAUUUUCCUCCUGACUUAUCCCCUUUGAUUCAAUGGCGGCUACAAGACAUCUUUUGAAGUAGCUUGAGGACGGCCAGUUAGAGUCUGCCAGGUGUGUUGAUGCUGAGUUAAUCUUCAUAUUAAUAAAGGUAAUUAAAUAAAGUGAUUGUCUGUGAAACAAAAAAAAAAAUGACAAUGUAAUUCGUUGAUUCGGUUGUUUCUUCAUUUUAUUUGUUUGUUUGUCUCUUUCAUUUGUUUGGUAUUCUAACUGGCCGAUUCCCAACUUCUUUAUAAAAAAACAACAAAAAAACGAAGUGUUAAAAUGAAUUUCUUUGCCUUUCGUCACUGAUGUUAAAAUCUCAACUUUUUAACCGACUUAUCAUUUCUUUGUUUUCUUCUUUCUUUCGUUCUUUUUUUUUGGUAGACCGUCAUAAUAAACAAAUGUAUAAAUUAUCAAACUUCCUCUGACUCUAAAUACAUUAUGUAGUCUAAAUCAAUAAACGAGCUAAAACAAAACAAAAACAUGUAAACCCUCAACGAAAAAAUAGUGAAGUGGGCAGGAAAGACGCAGAGAGAGAGAGAGAGAGCGAGAGAGAGAGAAAGAAAAGAGAGAGAAAGAGAAAGUUUAUAGUAAUCAUAGUACUACUAAUAAUAGUAGACAAGAAAAUUGAAACAAGAGAAGUGAAGCAAAUCCCCAUUACCACGAGGCCAACCAACAACUAAAAUGCAACUCCCAGAGGUAUUGUUACUUAUGUGUGUGACGUGGUGUCGGUGGCUCUCGUCGUACGGCUGGCAGCAAGAAGCAUGGUUGGACGAAGCCGGCAACAUCAUGUUGUACUGGACAGCAGACGUCAAGAAGAAUGUUCUUAUGGUAGAAAUUCAGGGCCGGACUCAGGGCUACGUGGCCCUUGGCAUCUCCCGCACGGGCACGAUGGCGGGCGCGGAUCUACUCAUCGGGUACCUGGACCAGGAGGGCGAGCCGCAUGUGCUGGUGAGUACCUGGAGCUGUGUCUGA